AAGUGCCAAGAGAGGGACCGGAGUGCGCGUGUCUUUUACAUACAUACAUAUGUCAGAUUGAACUAAAGAAAUACAAAACGUGAAAUUAUGUAUCUGGGAAUUUAUCUUCUAUUCUGUUUGCUGAGCAGCUUGCAGCUAACAAACGGAGCAUCAACAACAAAAAAUGGCGAUUCUUCAACAAUAGUUUUCCCUGGUCCAACACAAGACAUAAGGAAUCGCUACGGAGACGCUGUACCCGAAAAGUGCAAAGAUCUAAACUUCUGUACUGUGAAGCCUAACGAUUACCCCCAAGAUCUGUUUAAUAAAAUAUUUAAAGGAAAAUUUAAGGAGCCAAUUUUCCAGCCUACAUUUGUGAUGACAGAUGAUCGCCAAGGAGAUCCAGAUGAAGUCGAUGAUUGUGAUACUGUUGUUACGUUCGAACCGCUUUACAAAGUGAAGUCCCUGGAAGGAGAAUGGCGUACAGUAGUCCAAGCUCCAGAAGAAAACUAUUUACAAAUGGUGCGAAUCGAAUCAUGCAAAUCAGUGGGAAAUCCCUGUUUCACAUCCUUCAGGGACCCUACAGGGCUGAAACCAUUUUGCAAACAAAAGUAUAGCGUUUGGGAGUUUCUCGUUCAUGAUGGUAAAAACGGAACAGAAAAAAUUAAAGUCAAUCUGCCCAUCUGCUGUGCCUGCCAAUAUAAGAGGUCACAGCUAUAAAGCCGGCUUUACUAAAAUGGGACGACGAAAUAAAAAGAAUAAUGAUCUUUGGUCACAUAACCUUCGGUGGUGCUAUGAAAAAAAAAUCUCGUUGGUCGGGGGGAUCGCAAGAUGAACGUGCCUUGGAAGAUUUCAUAUUCAAGUAUUUAUUAUUUUUCUAAAUACAAAGUAAUAGCGUAGAACGUGCAAUUUGGCACGGCAGGUGUAUAGCAAUAAGAUCUCAUCGCUAUAGCAUUGCAAGCAAAAUAGGAAAAAAGUGGUUAUCUUUAAUAAUAUCUGUAAUACACCUCUGCCAACAUUUUUUUAUAUAAAUGAAUACAG